GGUCAAACAUUUUACCACGUGUUGCAACCAUUAUUAGUGCGCAUGCCCAACCGUAAGGCCAGGGGGAGUGGCUCAGGAAUGUCAUGCCCCUCUAGCUCUCUUGUGAAGAAGAACUGACCAUGGGUACGGUACUGGGUGAUGAAUACUAGUAAGCUGCUCUCAGGCGUCGUUGCAAGUGGAGCUGCUGCUCUAGGAACUGCAGUUGGAAUUUGGCAACUAUUAGACAAUUUUGGGGAUAGCUACAAACCAUUUGCUCAAUGUGUUACCCAGAAUCACAAAAAUCAACCGUUUCUUUGUAAACAUGGCUCGUUAAAUCCGUGUUCUGCUCAAAAUAUUAAGACGAAUCAUGCAAUCUCUGAAAGCCGAAAAUUCAUCAAACGUAUGAUGCUUGAACAAGGUAUACCAGGUGUGCAAGUCGCUGUGUCAAAGAAUGGACGUCUAUUGUGGACUGAAGGAUUGGGAUUAGCAGAUGUUGAAAACGGUGUCGCAUGCAGCGCUGAGUCAGUGAUGAGAAUAGCAAGUAUCUCCAAACCACUAACUGCUGUUGGACUGUUCCAGUUAUGGGAGGAAGGACUGAUUGAUUUGGACGCUCCCGUGCAGACAUACGUACCAUCCUUCCCCGAGAAGAGCUGUGAUGGAGAGAGGGUUACCAUCACAACUAGACAACUUCUCUGUCACAUGAGUGGAAUCAGGCACUACUUUAAGAAGGGAAGGGAUGACAGUGCCGAGCUUGAGGCGGAGGAGUACUACAUCACCUCCCACUAUGACAGUCUUGACGAGUCUCUUAAAAUAUUUGCUGAUGAUGAGCUAUUGUCCAAACCAGGUAGUGAGUUCUAUUACUCCACACAUGCCUGGACACUGGUGGGUGCAGUGAUAGAGAGAGUGUCAGGAAACAGCUUCUUACACUAUAUGCAGAGGAGGGUGUUCUCUCCGCUGGGGAUGGAGGCAACAAAGGCAGAGUUUAACGACCAACUACUCUACAAUAGAGCAAGACACUAUGUUCGGAGAGCUGACGGCAAACUACAGAAUGUUCCGUACGUCGACCUCUCAUACAAAUGGGCCGGUGGUGGAUUGGUCUCCACUGCUAAAGAUCUCGUGAGAUUUGGUACUGCCAUUCUGACUAGCUACAACGAAAUAGAAAAUUCAAAGAUUCAUUUAUCUGCAAAAAGCGUCAAAAUCGAUGCACUAGUCACGACCAAUCAGAUUGCAGACGAGUCGUCCCAAAGUGAUAAGCAAGAUCAGAAUCGAAACUCCAACAUUACAAAACCAAACCCAAACCCCAUUCUGACUCCAUCAUCCACUAAACUGAUGUUAGGCAAGAUAGUGAAUGCAUUCGAUUCUGCACAAUAUCCAAAUCUUGGUUACUCGUUAGGUUGGAUGGUGGACGAGGGAGAAGUGGGUGUGGCUUGUGGUCAAGACAGUCCAUUAUUCUUUGGGCACACUGGCAGUGCUAUUGGUGGUAGUAGUGUUCUUUUGGUGUUUCCAGAUACGAGGAAAUGCUCCGAGUUGAAUUGUGACUGUUGUGACUUGUGUGAGGGGUGUGAGGAGUGUGGAGCUCGUGGAGUUGUUGUCUGUGUAUUGUUCAAUUUACAAGGAGUCAAUGGAGUCAUCAAUCUAGGAACUAACAUUGCCAAACAGUUCUCAUAACUUUUUGUUUUUCAGUGCAACCUUAACCGUAACGUAAUUAAAUUACCUUUAUGCAAUUUGGAAUUUUUUUGAUAUUAUGGUAAAAGAUGCAAA